UCAACUGUAUGCUCUUUGACUUAUGCUCCGGCUUCUUUAUUUAUUUUAUGGCUUAUUUUUUAUUUUAUUUCAUUUUUUUUUUCCACCGGGGACCCAACACGUCUCUGUUGAAGCUGAAAUAUGCAUCAUACGCCCGAGAGGAAAGAGCCUCCUCUUCCCCUCUCUUGUCUGCGCCUCCUGGUCCCACCACUUCGACUGCUGUCUGCAGCAAUGUGGCAGACAGUCCAGCAGAAAGCCGUGACCGACUACGGGUUACUGGAUGACUUUGUUACGAAGGUCACUGAGAUUGUCCCUGGGCUCCUUAAUCACGGACAGAGGGCCUUGCUGAGUCUUGGUCUUCGGGUGCAGCUGAUACUGGAGUUGUGCCGCCCAGAGCAGAUGAUAGACCUUGAGGCCAUUCAGCCACACUUGGACAUAAUUCGAACACUCACCUCAUUAUGGAACAUGAAGACAAGUGAUUCCGGGGAUGGAUCAUAUGGCUCAAACAUCCUGAGUCUUCUUCAAACCCUCGUGAAAGACAAAGAUGAGAGGCAGCACUUCUUCAAGGAUGUUUACCCAGUGAAAUUUGGACACAAGUAUAAUGAAGACAUACAGAUGCUUAUGGAGAAAUUCCUGUUGGAGCUGGAGAAGUUACUUAUUAUACCAAGUCUUCAACAGGUGGCCUGUAUGCUCAGCGACGUCCCCUCAGUCCUGGCAGAAUGUGUGGAGUCUUUUUCUCACCCUCAGGAACUUAAAUCUCUCCUGGAGUAUCAAAAACCCCUUAGCCAGUCCAGCGAUAAUGAUAAUCCAAAUGCUGGCAAUAACAUUUGUACAGCUCUCUGCCUCCUACCUAUGGAAAGUGCUGCGACAGAUCAGGAGGACACUGUUUUAAUAGCAAAUGUGUUGACUGAUUACAUGGACUCAUUUGGCAAAGAACUGACGGUGGAGACAAAAGACUCACAAAACUCAAGUGUGGAGAGCGAAGGAGAGACGAGGAGAGAGACGGAAAGCAGCUGUGUUGAGAAUCAUUUCUGUGUCAGUGGUGAUAGGGGAGCAAAGGAUGAGUUUCCUUGCACUGUACAACAUGUUGAAUCCUUGCACGGAGAUAAUAUGGGUUUAGACUCCUGUGGCGUUGAGGUUCAAGUUGGUUAUAAUGUGGAGAUACCUGCUGAGGGGAUUGGAUGCACAGAGAACAAGACUUGUGUUGGAGAUGUGGGCUCAAUAAUAGCUACUGGCGAGGAUGAACAACUUGAACUGUCAGACAGAACCACCGCUAACAAUGAUUAUGGAGUGAGCAGCUCUUCUGAGAGUGAAAGGUGCCUUAAAAAAGAGCACAUGGAGGCCAGUAACAGCAUGCUAACUGACAAACAAAUGAAAAACAUGGACGUGUCUAAUGCGAUGCUGUCACCCAUUCUUUAUACACCAGCUGUCCAAGUGCUAACACUUGAGCCGGUCGUGACUGUGUCCUCAAGACCGGUCAGACAAAACCGGGGUAUGAAGAUGAAAACAUUCUUGACAGUAGCAUCCAAAAAUGAGCAGUCCAAGAGUGGACUCAGAGGUUUGUCGACAAGCAAGACUUGUCCCACGUGUGGUAAAACGUACACCCGUGCGUCCGACAUGAGGCGGCAUCAGAGGAGCCACACAGGGGAGCGACCAUACCAGUGCUCACUGUGCAAGAAACUUUUUCAGUUCCAGUAUGACCUGAAGAGACACGAGUUAAAUGUCUGUCGAAACACUGUGCAACAACCUAGGAAUGCAUCAUCCAAGACACCUGAGGACAAAGACCCUCAAGAUCCUAACCAGUGUGAAGUUUCUGACAAACUCAUAAGUCAACCUUUGGACCCCUGCGACCCCGUCAUUGCAGCCCGCAGUAACUGUGACAGCACUGCCCAAUGCACACAACAGAUAAGAACUCAUAAAAAGGCAUGUGUGGUGAAUCAGCAACAUGUGGACGCUCCUUCUGGAGAGGAACUUCCUUCAAACGCCGAACAGAAUGAUCACCAGCCAUGUAGUGGCUCAGUCCAGCUGGCAAACGUGGCACAGCAGAACCAGGUACUUUUGAACAGUGACACUGAUGCAACAAUUCACCAGGAAAAUACAGGUGAAGAGGAAUCAGAGGUUGUUGUUAGGAAACCUCAUGGGGAAACUUGCAAGGAACCUGGCAAUUGUAAAUGUUGUGGCAAGACCCUUGCGUUCCCCUCUCUCCUGGAAAAACAUACAGAGAUUCAUUCAGGAGAACACCCUUAUCAUUGCACCAUUUGCAAUAAAGGUUACAAGAGCAUUGCAAGAUUGAAGAGGCAUUCCGACAAAUGUGGUGGUUCCUCAGUACAUGAUGAUGAUGUUGAAAGCCAAGAGACAAUCACCAAAUUAAUCCAGAAACCAUCAUGUGAUAGAAAAAGCAAAUCUGCAAGUCCAGAUGACCUUGUCGAAUCCACAUCAGAGCAUAGUAAUCAGUGUUCACAUAAGAACCCUCAUCCAAACAGGCAGACAGACGAGACAGACUGCUCAAAUGUGUGUCACCUGUGUGAUAGAACAGUAGCAGGAGCCAUAAAAUGUCCGAUGAAACUGCAUCCAGAUGAAUCCCACUCGUGUCCAAAUUGUGACUUAAAGUUUAAGUUAAAAAGAGACUUGAAAAGGCAUAUAACAGCAUGCAAGGUUAAGCAAACUAAUGAUGGAGAGUGUGAUGCUAUUCAUCAGGAAGGCAAAAGCGGAAAGCAAGAGGAACAUGCGAGGGGUUCCAAGUCCACAAGGACAUUAGGAAAGCACAAACUUGCUGAAAAUUCACUGUAUUGUGCCGAGUGCAACAGGUCAUUCCCAGACAUGGCAAGGCUCAAAACUCACAAUCUGAGACACAAACCUCGUCCUUGCACAAUGUGUGAUGAGAGCUUCAAAGGCUUCAUAGACCUCAACCAGCACUACAUGGAUGUACAUAAUUUCAGUGGGCCUUUCUCUUGUACUUUUUGUGAUCGAAGUUACACAGAUCUGAAAGGUCUGAUUAGGCAUGAGAGGUUCCACACAGGUGACCUCCCGUUUAAGUGUCCCAAGUGUCCAAAAGCGUUCAGUUACGCAUCCGCUUUGAAGCUGCAUGACAGAACUCACACCAAAGAGGCUCCAUUCCUCUGCUGGGACUGUGGAAAAGGCUGCAAGUCCAACGCGGCCCUGAGAAUUCACAGGCUUUGUUGUCACAGCAGUGCUGAAGAGAAGCGCUUUUGCUGUGAACACUGUGGAAAAGCAUAUGCACUUAAAAGAAGCUUAGAUCUCCACGUGGCCAAACUACACAAUGGUGUGCGGUACCCGUGCUCCCACUGUGGGAAAUUGUUCCGAAGUGCGAGCUCGUUGACAAGACAUGAUUUGACUCACACAGAGGAAAGGCCUUAUUCAUGCAACGAAUGCGGCAAGAGUUUCAGGUCUGCGUCGGAGCUGAAAAUACACAAUCGCUACCACACUGGGGAGAGGCCGUUCAAGUGUCAGGAGUGUGGAAAGGGCUUUGUUCAGUCUUAUUACCUUACUGCACACAUGAGGAUGCACACUGGGGAAAAGCCCUACAAAUGCCUGACAUGUGACAAAUGUUUCAAAAGUGCAGGGAUUUUGAAAAGACACCAGAUGACCCACACGGGAGAGAAACCACACAAAUGUUCUGUCUGUGAAAUGGCCUUCAGUCGGCCAGAGCUUGUGAAAGCUCACAUGAGAAAAUCCCACUAAAUUUUUUGCAGUUUAUUUAUUAUGAACGUAUUUUCUCUCAUUGUUAAGAAAACAAAUCUGCAACAGUAUUAAUAAAGUAUCCAUGUUCAUAUCUUGUAGAAAA